GAUCAUUUUGAACCCAGCUCAGUCGUAGUCCCCCAUUGGAACUGGGCUGCAAAACAAAAAUGUUAUCGAAGUAUCAGCAAUUAUUGCUCGUCGUCGGGCUGUGCUGUGUGUUGAGCGUGGCCCGUGCCGAUGUGGACUGCAGUCAGCGGCCCAAGUUUGUGAAUCCCAUGACAUGUUGUCCCAUGCCCGAGUUUGUCACAGCCGAGCUGAAGGAGAAAUGCCAGCAGUAUAAUGUAACUCCGCCAUCGCCGCCGCCAAUGUCCAUGGAGCAGAGCGGCGAGGGCCGGCGUCCGCAUCCCCAUCAUCACUUCCUGCCACCCUGCUUCGUGUCGUGCGUCUUCAAUGAGACUGGCAUCUACGAGGACAACGGCCUGGAUGCGGACAAGCUGAAGGACCAUCUGAGCCUUGUCUUCAAGGACAGCGACGAAUUGCAGAAUGUGGCCAGCGACGCGUUCACCAACUGUGCCGCCAAGGUCGACGAGUGGCAGGAUAAGAUGGGCAAUCGUCCGCAUCCCUCACCGCCGCCCGGCCUGCCCAUGUGCCCGCACAAGCCGGCCUUUCUGCUGGGCUGCGCCUUCAAGAACAUGAUGAAGAACUGUCCGGCCUCCGUGUGGACCGAUACCGAGGAGUGCAACGAGGCUCGCGAAUUCUUCAAGAGCUGCAAACCUCCUCAUCGCCGUCAGGCAAGUGCGGCCAAGUAGAACAAAGUUGAAGAAAAUUAAUAAUCUUACAACAACAAAAAGUUACCAAAAAUUAAUAACAUGAAAUACCUCCAUUUUUAAAAGUAAAAUGUAUCCUAAAUAACCCGAAUAAAUCAGAUUAAAUCUGUA